AUGAGCAGCCCCUUGGGACAGCUGCAGGAGGCGGUGGAGAUGCUGAACGACGCAGUGAAGGAGCGGGAGCGGGUCAUUGAGGCAGCGGCAGCGAGGGAGAGCCUGGAGCACCUGCUGGCAGAGGUGUGCCCGCGCCUGGAGGCCACCCAAUGCAGAGCCGAAGCCCUGGCUCGAGACACAGCCCAAGUGGAAAGCGGUUUCACCCUCGUGAAGAGCGAGAAGGACCUCCAGGGACUGCAGGGCUUGCUGAGCAGGCAGCGGGACAUGGAGUCUGCUGUGUGUGAGACCCUGCAGGGGCAGCUGGAGGAGCUGGAGAAGGCUGCUGCCYGCUUGGAAAAGCUCUGCCCAACUCAGAUGUGUGCCAUCGGCCCAAAGGUGCAGGGAGCCCUGCAAGCCUGGGAAGGGCUGCAGAAGCUGCUAAGGGAGAACAAGGCCCACGUGCAACAGGCUGCACGGCUGCGGCAGUUCUUCAAGGAUUAUUUAGCCAUGAUCUCCUGGACGGAGGACACACGGGCUCAGAUCUUCUCGGAAAGCCCGGGCAGCAAUAGCCUUUUGGAUAUUCAGUGUGAGGAACUGGAGAGAAAGAUUGAAGGCAAGUUCAAGGAGUUUGAGGAACUGGCAGCAGUGGGACAGGCACUGGUGACUGAGGAGCACUAUCUGAAUGCCCUCUUGGGACCAGAGCCCAGGAGCAUGGUGCCCCACAGUCCUCCCCCUGAGGAGGACGGUCUCCUCUGGGAUCCUUCUGAGACCUCCACUGUGUUGUUGCCACCACGAGGGRCUGGCAGCCUAGGGGGGACUGUCAACUUGAUCCUGAGCAUUGGCAAGAAGGGAGAGAAGAAGCUGCCACAGCUGGCAUUGGGUGGAGAACGGCCUGGGGAGGAAGCUCCACAAACGGCGAGCGCCUCUGCGUGCGUGGAGGAGCGCUACGGACAGAGGGCCGGGAAGAGCUCCACGGCGCUGCAGGUGGCAAAGCCAGCGCCUGCCGUGGCCGGCCGCCCGCCAGCACCCCGCGCUGCCACCACCCACACCCUGCCCAAGGCCGGCCCYGGCUCCAUCUUCAACAGCCUGCAGAGGAAGGAGAAGGAGAAGGCSGAGCACGCGCGGCUGCUGACGCUGCAGGGCAUCAUGGGCCCCAGCUCCCUGCAGCCGCUGCCCGAGGAGCGCCGCGGCCCCAGCAACACGUGGCCCUUGAAGUGCGGCCGCAGGAAGGCGCCGCCAGCGGCUCCCGGCGCCCAGCUCGGGGAGCUGCUGCUCUACGUGAAGAACCCCCUGGUGCGGGACAUCGACGCAGAGUGUGGGGCCGCCCCUGGGGUCCCCAGAGGCAGCCUCCCCCACCAUGGUGUGGAGCCUAGUGCUGUGCAGCCUGCUGACGGGCCAAGGAGCACCUGCCCCCACCUGGCACUUGGGUCCAUCCUCAGCGUGGAGUUACCCAAGGACUUGGCUGUCCUGGGCUGCCUCCGAGGCACUGCAGCGGCGGYGCAGCACGAGGAGCCGGAGGGGAAGGAGAAGAGGCAGGGCAGAGGGGCGAAGCACUGGGAGGYUGCAGGGACAAGCGAGCCCGGGUGGCAGGAGGAGGACGCAGAUGGGCCUGGCGCCCAGGGGCCAGGUGAAGGCCUGGGGAAGCCCCCCAAGGGCGAGCGAGGAACGUGGUUCGAAGAGGUGAGCUUCAACCCUAGCUACAGCCAGCGGAAAGUACGAGGCUUGGAGGMGGCCCGCUGCAGCAGCGAGGAACGGAGCAGCCCUGAGAGCGCCGGCGAAGACUUGCUGGACUUCAGGCUGAACCGGCUGUCCCGCAUCAGCGUGCUGCAUGAGCAGGUCGGCCGGGAGUGGGACGAGCUGGCCGCCAGGCUGGGCCGCGACGGCAGCGCCAGCACCACGGCGGCCGAGAGCGCACCCAGCUGCCAGGCCAGGCUGCGGGAGGCCACUCGCGUGGAGCUCAGGCCCUCUCCCACCGCCCCGAUGGCCAGGGCAGGUGCUGCCACUGGCCUUGUCCUGCUCGGGCGGCCGCCUGGCGGCAGGAAGCCCAGCAAGGAGGUCCUGGCAGGACUAUCCGAUGGGGGCCCGAACUCCCCUCCUGCUGCCCCACAGGGCUCCCGGGCUGCCCCCCAGCUCUCCGUGUUCGCCUGCGAGCUGGGCGGCCAGCAACGCAGCCCCGAGAGCCUGGGUGCAGCAGAGAUCUGCCACCCAGCGCACAAGCUGUUUGAGGAGGAGGAGGAGGAGCUGCAGGCCAUCUGGGAGCACGCGGAAGAGCAGAUGCCACCAAGCAGCACCCAACGCCUGCCUGCCAGCAGGACAGGCAGCCUGCAGAGCCCCGAUGUYGACAGCGGGCCCCUCAUCCUCUCGGCAACUAAUAACGUGCUGGUAGCCAAGUUCACCCUUCCCACCGCUGCACAGCUGCUGCACAGCCCGGUGGGAGAAAAGGGCCCCAGCGACAGGCAGAGGGGCGGCGGCAGCCCGAGCACACGUGGGGCAGCCCUUCCCUGCCUAGAGGCACCCCAUGGCAUGGGCCAGUCCGURUCCACGGCCUGGACAGACAGCCCCAGCUCACGGGAUCAACAUCAGGACGAGGAGCGAGAGGGCGGCAAGGCUCCUCCCAAUAAAAUGGAGUUUCAGAUGAUGGAGGGGACCCUGGAGAGGAAGCAUGUGCUGCAGACAGGAGGUAGAAGGGCGACCUGCCGUGCCUGGAGCCUCUUCCACGCGGUGCUCAUGCGGCAGACACUGUGCUUCUACCAGGACCGGAGGGACAGCCUGAAGAGCUCCGUGGUGGCCCUUCCCCUGAACCUCUCCGGGGCGAUCUGCACCCCAGACACAGAGUACACCAAAAAGACCAACUGCUUCAGGCUACAGCUGCGGGAUGGCUCUGAGUAUCUUCUGAGGGCCCCAUCCCAGCUGCUCAUGAAUGAAUGGGUCUCCAAGCUGCAGCAGAACUCAGGUUUCCCCGAAGUGGAUUACUUCCAGGCAGCAGCACAGAACGUCGAGAGCCCCGGCUCUGCUGCAGGUUUCAGCAAGGUCCCUGGGCCUGGAAGCUCCCACCUCCAGAGUCACUCUCAGGCCGUGACUGCCAAGAGCCCAGAGAUGGUGGUGUUACCMCGCACAAACACCAGGCUGCAGCUGCCUUUCGGGAGCCAGGAUGGCCCAGCAGACGCAGCAGCAUCCUCAGCAGAAGAAGCUCAUGGAGCUGCUAGCCACACAGCUGGGCACAGGGAGCACCAGUGGUUACCCAGUGGAUCCCCUGGGUCGUGGGACAACAGCUGCCCAGAAGAUGACUACGGCCUGGUGGCCAACAAGAGGAGGUCCUACUCGUUCACUUCAGCCACCUACCAGAAGAUCACGCCCAUAGCGGUGCCCAAGGAGCCUGUGGAGGCUGGGAGCAGCUACUCCGUCACGCUAUACAUUGGGGAGCAAGCACCAGCCGUGCCCAGGACGCGCUGCCACUCCUUUGUAGCCAGGCCAGGAAGUCCACGGGAGGUGCUAGGGGAGAAGACCCAGGCCCCCCCUCGCCCCAAGAACAAAUCUGUCUUCAAGAAGUUCUUUGGCAAGAAGGAGUGAGCCGCACACAAGGAGAAAAGCACAAGCCUGCCCCUUUGC